GAUGGAGACGCACAUCUCGUGCCUGUUCCCGGAGCUGCUGGCCAUGAUCUUCGGCUACCUGGAGGUGCGCGACAAGGGCCGGGUGGCGCAGGUGUGCACGGCCUGGCGCGACGCCGCCUACCACCGCUCGGUGUGGCGGGGCGUGGAGGCCAAGCUGCACCUGCGGCGGGCCAACCCCUCGCUCUUCCCCAGCCUGGCGGCGCGCGGCAUCCGGCGCGUGCAGAUCCUGUCGCUGCGCCGCAGCCUGAGCUACGUGAUCCAGGGCAUGGCGGAGAUCGAGAGCCUCAACCUGAGCGGCUGCUACAACCUCACCGACAACGGGCUGGGCCACGCCUUCGUGGCCGAGAUCGGCUCGCUGCGGGCGCUCAACCUGAGCCUCUGCAAGCAGAUCACCGACAGCAGCCUGGGCCGCAUCGCCCAGUACCUCAAGGGCCUGGAGGUGCUGGAGCUGGGCGGCUGCAGCAACAUCACCAACACGGGCCUCCUGCUCAUCGCCUGGGGCCUGCAGCGCCUCAAGAGCCUCAACCUGCGCUCCUGCCGGCACCUCUCCGACGUGGGCAUCGGGCACCUGGCGGGCAUGACGCGCAGCGCGGCCGAGGGCUGCCUGGGCCUGGAGCAGCUCACCCUGCAGGACUGCCAGAAGCUCAGCGACCUCUCGCUCAAGCACCUGGCCCGGGGACUCACUCGCCUGCGCCAGCUCAACCUCAGCUUUUGCGGGGGGAUCUCGGACGCGGGGCUGCUGUACCUGUCGCACAUGAGCAGCCUGCGCACCCUCAACUUGCGCUCCUGCGACAACAUCAGUGACACGGGCAUCAUGCACCUGGCAAUGGGCAGCUUGCGCCUCUCUGGCCUGGAUGUCUCUUUCUGUGACAAAGUGGGAGACCAAAGCCUGGCAUAUAUUGCACAGGGCCUGGACGGGUUGCGCUCGCUCUCCCUCUGCUCCUGCCACAUUAGCGACGAGGGCAUCAACCGCAUGGUGCGCCAGAUGCACGGACUCCGCACCCUCAACAUCGGCCAGUGCGUUCGGAUCACCGACAAGGGCUUGGAGCUCAUUGCCGAGCACCUCAGUCAGCUGACUGGCAUUGAUCUCUACGGCUGCACCCGCAUCACAAAACGGGGCCUGGAGCGCAUCACUCAACUUCCCUGCCUCAAGGUGCUCAACUUAGGACUCUGGCAAAUGACUGAGAGCGAGAAGGUCAGGUGAGCGGAGGGGACAGCCCGGAGAGCCCCCACCCCUCUGGAAGGACUUGCCAACUGACUGCUGCAGUGGAGGAGAAAGGGGGAUGCACCUCCAGCACUGGAGGGAGGGAGGGGAAAGUAUCCUCAGUACUUGCUUGCCUGCCUGCCCUGACCUGCCCCAGCAGUGGGGGUGGGAAAGAGGGAAACCUACCAUUCUUUCAUAAUUCCCUCUCCUGCACUGGAGGGAGACGACUGCACUCUAUUAUCAGCCUUCACUGUGGAUGGAUACAGUAUCACUGCCCUUACCUUUUCUAUUGGGAAUGCAGCUUCUCAAUCUUUUAUGCACUGGGGAUGAAUACAGCCCCUUUCUCCAAAUCUGAUUCCACCCCCCCUCUGCACUAGGGAUGGAAGAAGAAAACUUAACUUAGCCCAUUAUUGUUUUAACUCCCCAAUUGCUCUUUAUUGGGCAAGCACAUAAGUCUCUCUCUUUCUUUCCCAACCCUUUUCCAUUACCCUUGUGCA